AUGGCUCCUCAGGAAAACUCAACUAAGGAUGAAGGUACGUACUUAUUUGUGGCGUAUUUGAUCAGAGUACGUGUCUUUGCUUACCCAUCAUCGGUCCGUACUCACCUGACCUUGUUAGCUCUCCGUUUGGCCUACCCCCGUCGUAAACCGUAACCCAUGUUAUUGUUGCGGUCCAUCCGAGGGAUAUAUAGUUACUUUGACGCCAUUCUGAUAUUUUUACGUACCAUUUUAGCAAACUGAUAUGGUAGACCUAUUUUUACGCACGAAUCGUACCGGUUCUUGCAACUCGAGUACGUCAUCCUGAUGAGAAUACUGCAGUAUCCCCGUCCGAAUGCACAUUGUGAUUACUUGUACAUCGCGUCAGCGUGGUCACAUCCAACCCUACCGUUGUCGAUGGUUCGCGAAUUAUCCGUUCACUCAUGAUGGCCUGUGGAAAUGGAUUUGGAAAAUCCUAGACGCUCUCUACUCUACCUAUUAAAACCAAGUGCCGAAGGCCCGAGAACCACCGAACGGACUACGCCCAGUCAGACCUUAGGCUGACUUCUGUCCUCAGUUAGACAGAUGCGUCAUAGAAAGGGUGGCUACACUGGACUCAUGGAGAGGACGACGAAGUUCGUACCCAAUUUAACUCAGUCCCACUCUGCUUGCCCAAAUUAUGUUUGCGACGUUCCGGUGAAUGCGGACUCGAAUUUAGGACGACGUUGGUGUACUCCACUGACCAUAAGCGACGUUUGCCGAGUACCUCCAGUUUUUUUGCUCACGUAAGCCGCAGUGCAUCAUUCCUGGCCAUAUAGAAGGACCGAGCGAACGGAUGCCCGGUGUUUAUGAUCUUUGUGACGAUUAGAAUAUCACAAAGGUUCUAAAGAAGUCUCGAAAUCCUUACUAGCAACAUAGAUGCUGACAAAAGCGUCAUUUCCAUCCUGUCUAUUUGGAACAAACAUUGCCCCUAAAUACUAACAUUGUCUACUCCUAUGGGGUGGCAGCCAUUAAUUACGAGUCCUUCUCAUGGCCCGAGAUGUAGCUGAGAUGCACUUUGGUCUGCGCACUGUUGGUAAGUAAGCCGACUGACGUGGUGACCCCUUUCAUCGGUGAUGUUGCAUCGUCUUUAGAGUUAGACAGCAAACUGAGACCGAUUUACGUUCCCGGCCCAUGAUGUCCUGGGCUGUCGUUUUUUGCCAAAUAUAGGCGUCCAGCUGCGACUGAGAAUUUGGCUUUCAGGGUUACAUCGACGAGCCCAUGGUCCAACGCAUAGUCGUUGCUAUUUUGACCCUAUUUGUUGGUCUGCGAUCACAUACAGAGCCACGCGACUGUGUGCUGACCAAGGUGUAGUCGUUGUGACCAGCCGUACCACCACUGUUGGAAUACCAAAUUAAAAAGUGCUGCUGACAGCCGCUUCUGGCCAUCUGAACGCAAUAUUUCUUUACCGCUGUCGACUCAAGGAUAAAGUGGCCGAUAAGAGGGCUGUUCAAAGAGUCACCCAGUCAAUUCUGACCAUUCCAGUCUGUAUAUUAAAUAGUAGAUCAUGGCGAGAAAGUCAUUCGACCGGCUCUUUGAGGACAGUUGUUGCUGCAGAGACAGAAAUGACGAAUAUUAGUAAGCUGUUAUUCCAGUUACUGACUUUUGUGCGUGCACUGAGUAGUUCGCAUGUUAUGAGGAGGCGAUCGCCACACGAUAUCUACCGGAGGAAUCCCACGAAGUAGUGGGCGGCACCCAAAAUCAUGAUUCAUGGAGGACCUAGAUCUGGAAUUCGUAAUUCAGGCUACAGACGUGCACGUUGUACUGGUAAAGGCCACGUGCUUUCAGACUUAGUAUCGAAGUCGAGAAACAUUCUUACAUUCUUUCAAUAAAUACGAAAAGUUCGCUCUUGUUUGCGGAACUAUUUUCGCUGAGCACACAUUGAAGCUCAAGUAAAUGGCGAGGAGAGUGACCUCUUUGAUGUCACUUCUGAUCUAUUUCAGGGUCUUGUUCCCUCACAAACUCUUCAAGUACGCUAUAAACUAGAUUUUUCAGCAAGCGUUGGCGAACCACCCUGGCGUUACAGUGAGUCGUUGUCCGUGCAUCACGGAUCGUGACUACUCGGGGAACAUUGCGGUGCGAGUGAACUCGUCUUCAGAAAUUCAGUGUACGGUAUGCUAGGUUGGUGUAAAGUGUUUGAUAACCAGCUGAGGGCUGGCUUCUAGUGCAUAUCUGGCCGGUUGGACUGUCACGUUGACUGCCUCCAGCGGACCGCAUCAAAAACAGUUGAAACAGUCGUUGAUGAAUUUCGUCGUAAGCACAAGUAAAUGUACUAGAUCAUUCCGCACCAACGAUCAGAGCAGGCCAAGGUGCAUUGCUGCCGUUACGCUGAGGAUAACACUGACUAGCUUCUUAACCGUACAUGCCCAGUUCUCUCUUUCGAAAUAUAGUUUUAAGACUUUCCAGUGACGAAGUAAAACGGCGAUUGCAACUCAUCAUCUCCCGUGGAGAUUCGAAGGCCAAAAUGAAGCCCGACAAGGGUAGUCCUCCAGCAGAAGCCUACAAGUCCUGCUUGGGCAUGAGUAGCGCUUAACAACAUGUUUUUUUUCUUCUAAAUUUCGGAAACAAGAACCGUAUCCACCGACUGCGUCGACUUCCCGAAUCAGGCUCCCGCGAAAUAAGGAUCCCUGGAGUCGAGUCACACUUUACCUUAUACACAGCAGCCCGCGCGACUCCUCUGGUCGACACGGUGUGGCGAUCGCCCUAUCGCAACAAGCGGACCUCGCGCUACUUGCUUGGGAACCAGUCAAUGACCGGAUGGCCUACGUGCGACUGAGUGGUCACUUCGCGAACAUCUCUAUCGUCUCUGUGUACGCACCAACUUCGGCUGCCGAACAGCGCGAUACGGAGGCGUUUUACUCGCAGUUGCAAGCGUUAGUUGAAAGACUGCCUCGCCGCGAUCUGCUGACUGUAGCUGGAGAUUGGAAUGGUCGAGCUAGAUCUGGCGACCCCACAACCAGUCAUCUUCUUGGCCGCUUUGGGCUUGGUUCCCAAUGUGAAAAUGGUGAGAGAUUGCUGCACUUCGCUGAUCGAGACCGACUGCUUGUUACCAACACAUGUUUCCAGCAUCGCAAAAAACAUCUGCUGACAUGGUAUUCAAACGACGGUCAUAUGGCCAGUCAAAUUGAUUACAUACUAGUCAGCUCAAGGUUCUGCAGCUGGGUUCACGAUAGCAGAUCGAUGCGUGGUGUCGAGACUGGCAACGCCCAUGGGUCGCGCCGUGUUCUCGUUCGUACACGCUUGAAAGUUCAUUUCUCAUCCGUGCCAAAAAUGCCACGUCCUAGACGCCUCGAUGUCGCAAAAAUCCAGCAAGUUAGCACUGCUGAAGCCCUGAGCAGAGAAAUCCGGACCUUUUUUACUACCCGAACCGACGGAGAAGGCGGUAACAAGUGGUCGUCACUAAAAACGUCAGUCUAUGGGGCAGCUGAGAAAAUCCUUGGAUACACGCAGCGAUGCUGCAGUGACUGGAUCAGCGGAAGAACCCUGCAGUUGUCUGCUCAGACAGCUCGAGCCAGGUCCCGUAACGAUGACUGCUUCCGCCAACUUCGGAAGAUGACGGCAAAAUCGGCCAGGGAUGACCGGAACCAGUAUUGGGCUGAAAUUGUGACCUCCAUGGAACAGGCCUCGAACCUUGGUGACACUCGAAAACUCUGCCAACUUAUCCGGCAAGUUAGCGGUUAGCCUUCUACACUGAGUGACUCUGUUCGCGACGUGAACGGCGGCUUUAUUACUGACAACUCGGCCAAAGUCGAGCGCUGGCGUGAGUACUUUGAGCACCACGUCAACUUCGAUACCCAACCCACCACGCCCUUGCUCUCCUCUUCAGCGGAGUUUCUUCCCUCUCCCACUUAUACAGUUCCAUGCGAUCCUAGCUCUGAAGGAGAGGUCGUCGAUGCCAUACGAAAGCUACGCAACAGUAAGGCACCCGGAGAGGACGGUAUACCCGCUGAAAUCUUCAAGUCUUGUGUCGACACUCUGGCGCCCUGGCUCCAUGAGGUGACUGAACGAGCAUGGAGAGACGAGGUUGUUCCUGAUGACCGGGGCUUAGGCAUCCUUGUACCUAUCCUCAAGAAAGAAGAUAAGACGAGAUGAGAGAACUACCGCGGCAUAAGUCUCAUCGACGUUGCUGCGAAGAUCUUCGCUAUUGUCCUUUGCAGGCGAUUCCAGGCUGUGCGUGACUUAAGGACGAGGCCCAACCAAGCCGGAUUUCGUGCUGGACGUGGAUGCGCAGACCAUAUAUUCACCCCGAGGCGCAUAGCUACCAGCAAUUGACGGCCGUCUGCUUCAUUGACUUUGCCGCCGCGUUCGAUCUCGUCCAUCGUGAGUCCUUGUGGCGGAUAAUGGCGCUAGAUGGUUUACCGGCAAAAAUCACCGCCAUGAUCAAGGCCUAUUAUCGCUCCGCUACUGCGAGAGUCCUGGUCCACAACAAUCUCACCCAACCGUUCGGUAUUCGGCCUGGCGUUCGACAAGGUUGUAUCUUGUCGCCCAUUCUGUUCAACUACGCUAUUGAAUGGAUUCUCGGGAGGGUCCUACGCGAGAGUGACGGCGUUGAAUUUGCACCCGGACAUCGACUGACUGAUCUCGACUAUGCCGAUGAUAUCGCCUUACUUGCUCCAAGUCUUGCUGAUCUGCAGUCUGUGGUGUCACGGGUGAACGGGGUCGCUUAAUCGGUCGGUUUAUACAACAACGCUGGGAAGACUAAAGUUUUUUAAAGCUGCAUCCCUGACCAGGAGAGCGCACCCCUCGGGAUUGGUGGUUGUCAACUUGAAGAAGUAGACAGUUUUAAAUACCUUGGGGUGAGGCUACUGCCGAAUAGCCAGAGUAUGGAUGACAUUGUCUCCCUAAGGUUUUAUCAAGCCUUAGGAAAUGCUUAUGGAUCCGACACAACAUCUCCGUCGCCACUAAGAUUCGCGUGUACCGUGCAUCCGUCCGGUCUAUCCUUCUCUACGGUUGUGAAUAGCGGGCUUUGCGCGUGGAGGACGAGCGAAAACUGGAGGUAUUUGAUCACCACUCCUUGAGGACCAUCCUACGAGUGAAGUUCACCGACUUCCUCUCAAAGGGAACAGUCUUCACGCGCUGCGACAACAUCGCAAGGAUGACCCAGGCAAUCCAAGAAAGCCGACUGAGGUGGUUUGGGCAUGUUCUUCGUCGUCCACCUCAGGAAGUCAGUGUUACGGCCCUCGAUCCGUUACCGUUGCCCCAUGGGAGGCGUCGGGAAGGGGAUCAACUCAAAACCUGGCUCGACACAGUUCGUCAAGACAUGGAGGUGGUUCUUGGACUUUCGGCAUUCGAUCUCCGUCGUUGGCGAAGAGAGUGAGUUGAACUGUCCGGAUCUACUGCCGCCGAUCGUCACGCGUGGAUAAGUACAGUUCGUGACGUCAUCGAGGCCGGCUAGAUCAGGCAUGAUCGCAGUCGUAUCGAGUACAAGUGAGUAAGUACUGCAUCGACGUCGUCGUUGCGAUGAUUUACAAGAAGUAUGACAUAAACCUCCUGUAAAUUGCCAUCAAAGCCUUCGCAGUCGUCUUCUCCUGUCGUUUCCGCUCGGGCCUGACACAUUCGGCGUUGGAUUCGAGCCGAGAUCUGUUGGUUCGCCAAUCUCGCUCUCAUGAAAAUUAGGCCUUUUUCAAAAUAUGAAUGAAAAUUCUAUAGCCCUGCUUUACUUUUGGAGUUCUAACAUCUAUCCACUAAUCAUUAUGCGUAUACGUAAGCUUCCUCGCCUUUACAAAUAAUCUUUGUCCUUUACAAGUCUUAGAGUUCGAUUGUACCGUUUUUUCAUUUAUAACUUAUGUUUGCUUAAAAUUUCACAAACCACCAGUAAGACAACUUGGCUCUACUGCCUAGUCUUCCGUCUUAUUCAGUUCAUCUUUUUUUUCUACCUAGACCUUAUUCCAGAUAUUCUGGCUUUGAAACCAGAACCCAAGGACUACACUAGCAGCGUGAUCAUUGUCGACGGUUGUCCUGUCGUAGACCAGACCAAGGCAGAGCUUUUGACGAAUGUGCUCAUCAAAAAGUUUUCAGCCGUUGGCGAACUCACCUACAGUAAUAUGCCCCGUGAUGACAAAGGUCACACCAAGGGCUACAUGUUUAUUGGCUAUCAGACACCCGAACUAGCCGCAAAGGCCGUCGAAGACAUGAAUAACUUCCACCUGGACAAGGCGCACACCCUAUUGGUCACCCUGCUUAGUGACUUCGAACAAUCUGUCAAUGUGACGGCCGAGUGGAUCCCUAUAGAGAAGAAGCCGUACGUGGAGAGGGUAAUGUUUUCAACCUCUCGAUUUUCGACUUACUCCGCUCUUUUCAGGGGAACCUCCGUAGUUGGCUCCUGAAUGAGUACUGUCGCGACCAGUUUGCCCUCCUAGAAAAGGACGGUGAAAUGUGCUCGGUCUACUGGCACACAACUAAUGAAGUCAUUCCAGUUGAGCAGCGGGAAUACUGGAGCGAGGGUUGGGUACAAUGGUCACCACAAGGCACCUAUCUGGCUACAAUGCACCAGAAGGGAGUUAUUCUAUGGGGAGGCGAGCACUUUCAACGUGUCGGACGUUUCGCUCACGCAGAGGUUCGAAUGGCUGACUUUUCACCACAGGAAAGGUAACAGACCCUGCUUUUUGAAAUCCGCACUAUUACGAAGUCGGUACAUCCGUCUUAUACUCUUGUAACUCGGUAGCACUUUCAUCUAUAUUGCUGUUUGUCAUGGACUCGGUAGAGACAGGUGACUUACGUUAGGGGCUGCCGUGCAGCUAAUUGUGUUUUCCUUCGUACUUCAAUGCCCAUGAGACGCACGUAGGGUUAAUUUAAAUGUAUAGGUGUGCUUUAAACCAAAGAACAUUCAGGUGCGUUUGCAGUAGUAUUACCAAUGGCCGAAAGUAAUUAACACGAUCCUGUCUCAGUGGAUGCCCCUCGAAAAGCCAGACAUCUGCAAAAUUGUUUUUAUUUUGGCCACUUAUCGCGUUUUCAUCCAGAAAUAAAUCACGACUGGAAUACUCCUGUACUGAAAUUAAGUCGAUUUUGUCAUUUUUAAGUAACAAGUUAAAAAAAAAUAGUUUCCUUUACGCAUAUAUAGACACAGGACUUCUAGAGAGUUGAACUUUAACAAAUACAUAAUACGUGAACGUUUGGGGUGCAUUGUAAACAAGGCCAAAAUACCUAAUAGCAUUACACCAAACGGCGACCUCAUUUCAAAUCUAAAUAUUUUCCCUCUGAGAAUUUCGGUUUUUAUUAGGACGCAUUUCCCACCAAACAACACAAACUUCUAUUCAACCUUUUCUAAUCAGACUAAUGGGAUGCACUUGGGAUCCGAAAAAGAGGCUAAGAAAGAUGCGCAUAAUUUGCUGGAUUAGAAAUUUUCAUUUAUAGGCAGUGUGUUAUUGCCGUCAAAGGCAAGGGAGACUGGGAUGGCCAUUUCGGGCUUACUAGCAGUCGUCAGCCAGUCAUACCCAACCCCGAGGUGUGGAACACCCGAGGCUCGAACUCGCGACCUGUUAGUAGUUAGAAGUCCACGCCGCUACUCACCGGGCCACGAGCCCGUUGCCCUGUCGGUUUCGAUCGGGAAUAUACAAUGGUAGGCGGGGCUCACCGAUCGUUCUUACGGAACUCACUCGUUCCGUUGUGCCUUACGGGCUGUCUCUUGAGCCCAACCAGCAGCCGCACAGCGGCGCAUGAUACAGGCAGUAUGUUAUUACCGACAAAGAUAAGGGAGACUGGAAUGGCCAUUUCUGGCUUAUUAGCCGCCGUCAGCCAAUUAUACCCAACCCCGAAGUGUGGAACACCCGAGGCUCGAGAGAGAGCCCGUAAGGCACAACGGAACGAGUGAGUUCCGUAAGAACGAUCAGUGAGCGCCCCCUACCACAGUUUUAUUUAUAGUUACGGUUGUUGAGCAGCAAAUUCUCGCCCUGUACCACUAGCUCUCAGCUAGUUUAACCACGGCGCACUGUCCGUGGCCCUUUUGUCUCGUCAAAAAUCCCAGUUAGAUCGUGGCUCGCAGGGAAGCGGUUGCGUAGGGCGAAUGGAAAGUGGAAUAGCUCCUCUUUGCAGUGGGAUUCUACAAUUUUCUUCCCAUGCGACACACACACACCACUUUGAGGAUCGGGGUGACACGUGACCGCGGGAUGUAAAGCUGGUAACAUUCGUCACGCAAUACUGAUAAGGCCCCGUGACCUUUUCAUAGGUAGCCAACUUUGCUGAUCGGUGCCUGGGCGCACCUGGAGGUGUUAAUGCUGCUUUGCCCCUGGCAGCAUAUUUGGUCCGAGAGUCUGUUUGUCUCACAGCAAGUCCGCACUGAGGAAGGUUCCACUAUUCGUCGCCCGUGGAUCCAUCGGGCCAACAGGUGGAUGCUGUCAUCCCAGGGCCCCUGUUGUCCCGGUCCGAUUGCUGCUGGUGUGAUGGGAGAUCGACGUUUAGGGGUCAAUUUAAGACUAUAAUGGGGUCCUUGUAUCAAUUAAGAACUUUUAAAAAGCGCGUUUAGAUAUAGCGGUCAGCGCCCUAUGAAUUAUGCCACUUGUUGUGGAGACUGUGCUACCAAACAAUUAGGCUUCGGUAGGUGGCCAGUGCAUACAACUUGUAACAGAUCUUAUAUGCCAACUGAACACGGUGAUAACUACCGCAACAGCCCCGGGGCAGCGACGGUGUCUUGCACAUGAGAUGGUCUGCGUUGGUGACGACAUGACCAAUUGUGCACGAACCAGAUCGCGUGUGGCUCGCGUAGUCGGGUCGUCCACCUUUGUCACUCACCGCACCCGAGCCCACCUCCUGACUUUGUCUUGCCGCCGACCCCAGGAGGGUAACGGAGGGGCGGGUGCAGCAGAUGCUACGCAAGCCUGCUUCAGCGUAAGCUAGUUUACACGCAAGUCACUGCCCUGCGCCCACCAUACCGUACGGUACACGGUAGACAUCGUAGUUCGCGACGUUGAAGGGGGCGUGGGCGGCAUCAACCUCUCCCCCACCUCAAUGAUCACUUUUCAAUGUCAAGCUUGAGUCAAUAUAAUAUAAUCAGAAGACGAGGUGGCGAGCAUAAGUAGCUUUCGAUAAAUUCCAGUCGGGCCAGUACAGUUAUAUGAGAACGGGGUAGAAGAAAAAAACGUCAGCGAUAAGAAAAAUCGAUAAAAGUUCUCCUUAAAACACGGGCUGCUGGGAAGGUUCGCGAGACAGCUUGAUCAAGGCGUCUCCUUAGGAGUUCACUUGCGGCGUCCCCUUGGAAAGGGACCUUGAGGAACAAAGUCUUCUUUUCGGCGGUCGGUGUGGCGGGUUUGAUCGGUCGUUCAACAAUAUUCUUUUCAAUAAACCUUUCAGGAUAUCCGUUUUCGCGAAGGAAGUCCUGGAUUUUUCUGAGCUCCUCCUCGAUGCUAUCUGUUGAGCAAAUUUUUCCAGCCCUUUGUGCCAAACGUCGGACUAGAUUUCGUUUUUGUUGGAGGGGUACGAAACUGGCGAAGUUCGUGUAUUGUCCAGACCAGGUUUUCUUCCGAUAGACGCUUCUGCGAACACUUCCGUCAGGUCUCCUUCUUAGAAAAUCAUCUAAGAAAGGGAGCGAACCGCCCGUUUCCAUCUCCAGCGUGAAUUUGAUCGACGGAUGUGCCUGAUUUGCUGCAUCUAAGAGGGUUGCUACAUCGGCCUCUGCAGUGGCAAUGGCAAAGAUAUCGUCAACAUAGCGACCGUAAUGUUUAAGCUUAUCGAUCUGUUCGCUUAGUUGGGAUCUCUCCAAUUUUCUCAUGAAGACAUCGGCUAGGAGAGGUCCAAGGGGUGAGCCCAUAGCAACGCCGUCUACUUGUCUAUAGAGUUGGUUGUCGAACAGGAACUGCACAUUUAAUGCACAUCGUAGUAAUAGUUCCUUGAGUGUAUUCGUCGGAAUCCCUAUUUCCUGCUGGCUGGCAGAUAGAAAAUCACAGAGGUAGUCAACUGUCUCGGUGACCGGACCGUUUGUGAAAGGUGAUGAGACGUCUAGCGAGAACAUCACGAUGCCGUUGACGAGAAUUUAUCGAAAGCUACGUAUGCUCGCCACCUCGUCUUCUGAUUAUUGCUAUGGGAAUUUUCGCAACUCUAAAACAGUCCAAAAAUAUAAUAUAAGUUGGACGUAGAUGUUGUGGUUGACCUUGCGAGAAGCCCACGGUUACGCCCUGAACAGGCUUCACACAGGUUCACAGAUUUUGGAGUGACGUUCUGCUAAUCCGCCAUAGUAACUACCUCACUUCCGGGGUAUCCCGGAAAUCCCAACGAUAUACUGCCUAGCUAAGGAGAGACCUGUUACGUUCUGAAAAGUAAAGAGUAACUAGAUCCCAUUUUAAACGCAUAAUAGUGUCCUCGUGCUUAAAGACGAAACCGAUUGCUGUCCGGUUUUUCCGGAAUUUGACCUCUUUCCCGCUUAGAAUCUAAUCGGGCAAGGGGUGUCAUCAGGAGUUCUGUGGAGACGAGGACAGCAAUCUGCUAUUCCUGGUUCAAUGAAUCCCCGGACACCAGUUUUUCCCGUGGCUAUCUGCGAAGAAGCCGAAGCCCGCACCAACUUGCCUUAAAAACGCUUAAAUUACACUUAGAUGCACCGAGUAUAUCAACUCCCCAGUCGCAUACUUCAUCCCCUAGCUCUAUUUAGUUUGUUGAACUUACACAUUCUCUCCCUCCAUCGUUUUCGACUUCACAGAUUCAUGGUGACACUCAGUCCCUGUCCGGGCGGCGAGCAAAACCCACAAGUGCGCUCCCUGGUUGAAAUCAUCAUUUGGGAUGUCAGGAAGGGCACAGCCUGUCGCCGAUUUACUGCCACCAUCGAGGCCUGGCCGACCUUCAAGUGGUCCAAUGAUGACGCCUAUGCUGCCACCCUACAGGGCGGCAAAAUCUACAUCUAUGAGACGGAGACCUUCAGGACGUUGGACAAGAAGCCGCUCACUGCCAACGUGGGAAUCAGUGAUUUCGCCUGGUCUCCUACGGAUCGCAUCAUUGCUUACUGGGUCGCGGAGACAGCCAACACACCGGCAAGGUAGUGUGUUUGCCACUGUUGUUGUUCCUAAAUGUUCCACUCACUGCUUCCGUACAUUGGCACUGGCUGUCACGAAAACGUCUCUUGUGCCUUCUAGUAGGUCAGAGUGAUUUUUGAUCGUAGACUUGGACGAAACAGUCCAAUAGAGCUUAAUUUCUCUGCAGUUCCGCUGUAUGCGUCGUCACUUUCUUACCUCGACAGCCCGCCGGGCCGCAUGAUCUUGGCAGUGAAGGCUGCUGUCUUCGGCCCCAGGAAAUAUUUAGAAGACCUCGCGUCUGUAGGUUCGUCCAACUGCGUCAGAAAUGACGUUGUUCGUGAAAUGCUUGCACAGCCGGCUGAGCAUGUCUACAGUUAUGACAGUGUUUCAGGAGUUCUAGCUUACCUUCAACAGUUGGGCAUCCAGUCGCCUCAUAAACACACUAACGGUACAGGAAUACAUGACGAACGUCUGAAUCUGGAUUAAGACCUCCAGCGUCCGUCAGCCGACAUUAAAACGACUAGUGGGUGACUAUUUAAGGCUUGUGGACAGAUUACGCAACAAAUCUUCAUAUCAUACAAGGCGAGUGGAUCGUUCGCCUCCUCUCCUCUGCCUGUCGUUCGGAUGGGCUCUGCGCCUCUAUUCAGCCAUAGCCACGUGUCCGGUGUCUGCAGGUAUAUUGGCGGCCGGGCGCGCGCUCUUUAUGACUCCUCACAGAUUUAGUGUCUUUUAAAGCACAGGCCACACUCAAGUCGGCGCAUGCGGUGGCUGAGCAACGGUCAGAUAGUCCCUCCCCGUAAAGUCUCUUUGCUGUCUCAUUGUCACCUUGACUGAUCCCCUCAACGGCGACAAAUUUAACGCUGUGUCCCUUUUGGACCCCUUCCCCAGUAAAUACCAUCCUCAUUGGUCCUAGCCCGACGACUGCUCGUCUUUCGGCCGCCCGCGAAUUGGACCCCAACCUUCUCCCCCCCCCCCCCUCGGCCACUGCUUCCUCUCUUCUGUGCUCUUUACGACAUUUUGCCUUCAAUGCCGCCGUCUUGUUUUUCUGUUCACAGGGUAGCCCUAGUGAGCGUUCCCUCGCGCAAUGAGUUGUGCACCAAGAACCUCUUCUCGGUGGCCGAGAUCAGUCUGAUCUGGCACCCUCAAGGCGACUUUUUGGCUGUUCAGGUUCUCCGCUGCAAUAAGAAGAAGGUAGACAGUGACAACCAGGUCAAGUACAUGGUAAGCAUCCCAUUGACUGCAUUGAGCGUAAAUCCUUCAGUUCACACAUGUCAUCUUCCUCAGACUGCCGGCGCGAUCUCCGCCUACAUUUUUGUUGACUGUCUGUUCUAGGAGCAGGGUUGUGCAUGGCUUUCCGACAGCUUUCUUUUUACGUACAGUAAGUGGGCUAACUCAUGAAAUAUCAACAGAAAUUCCGAAAUGCGUUUCCGUUUCGAAAAGAUUAAUUAAGUAGGGUUGUAAAAACAAUCUUCGUGCAGCAUAACUCUAUAAUAAUUUGGUUACCCCAGGACGCCGGCUUUCAAACAACUUCUUUCCGGCUGCAUCCAAAAACCAUACUCCGUAAAAAAUGACUACUUAGGUAGCAUGCAUUUUUUUCAUUGAUUUUCGAUGCCCUUAAAGACUCAAUUAUAUUUCAUAGUAAGCAUGCAUAAAAAUAUUCAUUCUUUUGCUCAUUUGGUAGAAAAUUACGUCUUCUUUCAAUUUUACACUCGAAGGAAGGGCAUAAUUGGGUUUUAAAAAAGUUUAAUGGUGGGAUUUUUUAAUACCGUGAAGUGGCCCUUCGUAAAACGUCAUGUCUCUGCAUUUACCAAUGUGGCUCAAAUCGACUGCUUAAUUUUAUGAACCCCAUAUAAUCUCCUCUUAAUACCGUAGAGAAAUGUAUGGUUUUCCGUACGCGGAAAUUAUACGGCUUGUAGUUUGGGAACCCUGAAUGCAAGCAUAACGACAGGUCGAGUUCAAAAUUAUUUGGAAAUUAGAAAAGUUUUAUAAAACCAGAUUAUACCCUUCCUUCGAGUGUAAAAUUUAAAGAAGACGUAAUGUUCCACUGAAUGAGCAAAAGAUUGGAUAUUUUUAUGCAUGUUUUCCAUGAAAUAUAAUUGAAUCUUUUAGGGCACUGUAAACCAAUAAAAAAAUUGCAUGCUACUUAAGUAGUCAUUUUUACGGAGUAUGGUUUUUAGAUGCAGCCGGAAAGGAGUUUGUUCGAAAGCCGGCAUCCUGAGGUAACUGAAUUAAUACAGAAUUAUGCUGCACAAUCAUUGCUUUUACAACCCUACCGAAUUAGUCUUUUCUAAACGGAAACGCAUUUCGGAAUUGCUGUUGAGAUUUCAUGAGUUAGCCCCCUUACUGUAUAUAGGCUGCCCAAGAGAGGUAACCCCAUUUUGUGGAUUAAAAGUCGCAUUUAAUGCCCUGCGACCUUACCCAGCGCCCAGCUGGUCCCAGUGAGCACUUUGAUUGGUGUGGAACCAGGUGGGGGAUGAGGGGGAAGGGGGUGACCGGUGUGGUUCUCGGGCGCCAACAACCGUACCAUUGACUCGGCCUUGUCUUUGGAUCACGACGAGGUUUGAAGGGGACCGUUAAGUCGAUGCAGCCCAGGUCCCUCUCCUUACGAUCCAGUUGACAUCCAAGUCACCACUGCUCUCCAUGGUACCCGUUGCCGUCCUAAUGGUCGACUGACCGACUAUUUCUUUUUUGACGGGUUCAUUUAAUCAUUUCUGUGCAUGUUUGACAAUAAAUGAGCUCUUGCAGAGUCGCAGUCGGUCGCAAAGCGACAGACAGCCAGUAGGAAUGAAUUCUAUGGAUUUAAAUACCGAGAUUUAGCCGCUCAUGAUGAACUACCUCCACGACAGCAUGAAAGUUCAUUUCGUAUGCAACACUAGCUCAGCAAAUACCUUAUGCACUCAUAAAUAUUUACUUGAAUUCUAACCUGGCAUUCUGCCACCCUCCCCCCUUUUUUUAAGGGCACCUUCGUGAACUUCGAAAUCGUACGCAUGCGGGAGAAGCUGUAUCCAGUGGAUCAAGUUGCAAUCAAAGACUCAGUCUCCUGCUUCCAAUGGGAGUCCAACGGCAACCGCUUCGCCUUCGUAAAGACCGGACCAGGUGGCGCAGUCUCCGUGCCCAUCUACGAGCUGACAAAGGCUGGCAAAGUGCGUGAAGUCUCCGUCCUCUCACGCGACGGUUCGCGUAUCAAUGAGCUUCGCUGGUCCCCCAAGGGCAACACUUUCGUGAUAGCCAAUCUGAAAGGGUAAUCAUUGUAUUCUAACCCCCACCCCACCCCCCUUAAAAAUCUAUGUUAUUCUUGGGCUUCCCACAUAUUAGACGCGCCACUUUGAUAUCCUUCAUUCCCAUAACCGUUAGUGGAUUGCACCGUGAGGUAGGAAGCGCCAGAUGAGACAAGGUUAUGCACAUGAUCGGUUACUGCGUCUCGUUGGGUCUGUCUGGUCGUUCGAUCAUGAUUGAAAUGAGAAGAGUGAGCGAGGAACAGGGAGGCCGAUGUCCGCCUCGCUACGAAACAGUUCGACCAACGCAGGCGACGGUGCUCAACACUGAUGCGCCAGGUGGUUAGAUCCGUGACUUGCGUGCGAAACUUGUUCACUGUGAGCCAGACUUACUACCUCACCCACGAGUUAGACGGCCGCUUUAUGUCUGGAGAAGUAUUGCACCCAAUCUCAUUCGCAGUCGGAGACCUCGACGAUGCCUGGCGCGUGCAUAACUAGGGCCAGGACCGAAUCUCAGGUCAUGCUGACUUGGGAUUGGGUAUGGCCGACCGAUAAGCCAGAAAUAGCCAUUUCAGUCUCCAUUGGCUUCGCCAGUAUUCUGCACGAGGUGGUUUGUUGUACGUGCAGACCAGCUAUCGAGCUUGGUCAGACAUCGCACUCACGCCCAAGUCCUAUCGUCAGGGCUUUGCCCUUACGUUUUAAUAUGGUGAAUGUGGGGGCUGGAUGUGAGGUGGGUGCAUUCAAAGUCCUUCCAAUUGUAGACAAAAGUACGCGCGAGUCACUACUGCUAGAUAUGGGUCUCGUCUCUCCCAUGCGAUGGUCGAACUACUGGUUCAGUCAAAAUCAACUCCGAAGCAAAACUUCGACUUUGCAAGAAGUAAUUUCGACCUUUGAAGCAAGGUAUAUAGUCUCCUCACCUUUUGAAUUCAACCGCAGCUAUUUCACCCCCCCCGAUAGCUCAACUGUCAUUUUCGACGAUGCUGACCGUGUGCUCCACAGCAAGGUAAAGCAGGCACGGUAACUCGCAAGUGAGUUCGUUUAAAGCGAUAGAAGACUUGCGUAGCAUCCGCCGCACUCCCUCCUUCCCACCCCGACCCGGUGAAAAGACGGAGCCAAGAAGACCAGAGGCGAAGGAGGGCGCAAGUGGAUGUCGUGGCCGAACCCGCACCUUGGCGCUCCACUCCAAAGCACCUGGUCCACAACAAACACAGGAUCAGGGUUUUGACCAACAACUGAAAGGGCGUGGAUGACUGGGCAAAAAUCACAACUACUUAUAGGGGAGUUGAUUUUAUUGGUUACUUAUGGCGGAGUAGAAGAAAUACUGGGCAACCAUGUACACGACUUGUUUUCCCAGCGCGAGCGCAGGCGCAUCUACCGACAGCGAACUAGGUACCAGAGAACUGCCAGCACACACCAAACUGCGAGGGUCAUGGUUUGCUGAAUAAUGGCAUAGUAGACGCACAUAAACCUUCGACUGCAAUAACCGCUUCGGUCUAUCCGUUUGUUGGCUUUAUACAGUUUUUCGUAGGCUGUCUACGAUCUCGUCUCUCUCCAUCCCUCCCUCCAGAUCAGUUCCCUCCUGUAAGCCAGGUUAGACAAACGACGCGAGGUCCUAUUAGGGGAUGACCGGGUUGUAACUAACUGCUCUCUCCCUCUCUCCCCCUCUCUCUUACGUGGCUACCGCUCUCUCCCGUAUCUACUUAAAUUUGGUAGUGCGACAUUCCGUUUUUCGCCCACUCCACUGAUACUCCCUCAUGCAGUUACCAACCGCCGCCUGAGUGUUAUCCUGUUUUUUUCACCCGAGACUCUUUUCUCUCCUACCGUAGCGCCGACACCAGCAUCGAAUUCAUCGACGCCAAUGACUGCCAAUCCUUGGCCAAAGUUGACCAUCCAAUGGCCAGCGAACUGCACUGGGACAGCACUGGGCGCUAUCUGGCCUCCGUGGUGAGCAACUUCUCUCACAAGUCAGACAACGCUGUCUGGUUCUGGAGCUCCAUUGGACGACCGCUCCACCAGAUGUCGGUCAUGGAGCUGCGCAUAUUCUCUUGGCGACCCUUCCCACCCACUCUCCUCUCCAACGAACAGAUUCAGGCAUGUACCUCGCACCCUUGGUCGUUUUUUUGCCUAGUCAUCAGUUUGCCUGUCAGAAGUAGACAGCCAUUGCUUGACUAAUUUUCAUGCUGUUCACAGCAUGCUGUAUGUCCUAUUUGUGCGCGCGCGAACCCUCGGGAUCUGGCCGCGUCAUUGCUUUAGGCCAAACAUGUUUAUAGCGUCCGUUAGGUAGAGACCACUGUGCUCGUCUCCGGCUUUACUACUAAUGCCUUUAAAUAAUCAAGACACGUAUAAACUAUGGCCUCGAGGACUACCGGCCCACAGGCUAACCCGGCCCCCGGGCAGGAGGCCAGACAGCAGUGUCUCCCUCUGCGGCUCCCCGGGGUCCUUCCUCCCUAAGCCUGGCCCGCGUGACGACGAGCGCGUGCAUGGUACGCGUAGACGCAACCCCAACUCAACCAGUCGCUUCGAGCACAGUACGCUUGUGCUUACCUAUCACCACUGCUUCCUCUGUGGCACGUUAUAUGCGGGUUGGGACAUGGACCCAUCGUCCUCUUUAGCCGACCAUGAUAACGUAGAUGGAACUGAGAUACUUCGACGAUCACUCUGUAUGCAACUUUAUGCCAAGUUGAUAAUCCGAAUUGCUUGCCUGUGAUGCCGCGUCUACCUGGUGGUCCUCUUCCACAGUCCGACUUUAUUCUGUCGCCAAUCAGGAUACAACCAGAACUGUCUGUUCACGUGAAGCAGCAGGACUAGUCAAAUGCAUAAACUCUGGGCGCAGGCUUGUGUAUAACAUCCAAUCACACUAAGUCACGCAUUUAUCUUAUCUAUAUGCCUCCUCCCUGACACGUAUUUCGCUGGAUUUCCCCCCAUAGGCCCUGAAGAAGAACCUGGCUUCAAAGUACUCGGCUCAUUUCGAUACGCAGGACAAGAUGUUGGCCUCGGAGGCGAGUCGCGAGUUGAUGCGGAAGCGUAACCAGAUGAUGAGCGAUUUCGCGGCCUGGCGGGAGAACCUCCUCAAUCGUUACAAAGCUGAUAAGCCCAAACGGGACGCUUUGCGUGGUAAGUUAGUCGUUUUUCAUAAGUCCUGUUUGCAGUGCCGGUCUUUUUGACUUUCUAUUGCCAAGAUGGAGAGAAGAGUGCGGUAGAGGCUACGCAAGUCUUUUUCACUAUAACCUGAUUCACCUUCAAAUAACCGGUGUCGUGCCACUCUGUGAGGCAGCGAUGGACAUCGUCGCUUGUGGCGGCACCACUGUCAUGAAGCAUUGACGGGCUAGGGGCUUGCGUUGUGACCGUGUAGGCAAAAAGGCCAAUGUUCGACGUCUCAACCACUUGCCGGGCCCAAAUCUGUGUAUGCAGACAAUAACACUGGCUAGUAACUUGAGUAGACAUCCCUUUUUUCUGGGCGAUACUUGCCGCGUUUACCCUCGUUUCCAAAAACCCGGUCAGGAUAGGACGAACACGCACCGCGUCCUUAUUAUGGACCUGAAGUGCGUUUAAACUGUCACAGCACGCCAAGAGUCGUGGCCUGUACGGUUGUUCACCGAUGGGGCAAGUCGGCCGGGCUGCAAUUGUUUUUAUCCUGCAGGAAGCAGCCCGUAUGUGGCACGCUCAGACGCGUCAGCGUCCAUCUGUGGUCGUCUGUGUCAUGUCUCUUCAGGGUGUGUGUGUGAGGUAGGUGCGUUGCCAGUCGGAGCACGCGCAAUUCGUCCCCCUGGUCGUCGCCACCUAUGACAGACGAGCUGCAGGGUCGAUGCUCUAACCCCUCAGCAUGCGCCUUGGCAGUAAAUCCGUCCAGUCCAGCCUUCUCCUUUGAGUAUGAAGGUCCUCGGUAUUGUCGCCCCAAAAGUUCAUUCGGACAGUUUUACUCUCAUCAUCUGUUCGGAUUGCAGACUAGCAUCUGCAAAAUAAGCUGGGAGUAGCGCCAGCUGUCAACACCAAUAAAUUUCACUCGUAUUAAUUAUGCGUGAUCGUAGGGUGCAGGAGAUCCUAUUUAAACAUGAGAACGGCGCAGUUUCCCUAAUUUAGCCGUCCUCAUUCGUCAGACUAGUGGCACCCUCGGAGACACUGUCGUUUGCACCCGGAAUAUAUGCAGUUGCAGCAAUCGGCCAGUCGUACUCAAAAGUUUCCUGACUUAGCCAUCAUGACCGUUAACGAGGGCAAAUAGAUAGGGCAGAUAGACUCAUCAGUGCGAUCGGCAUCGUGCAUGCAGUACUUGCGCCCAAGGUUUUUUUGCGCGACCAUCCUAACUGCCGGCACUUCUCUUUUUAUAGGGUUCGACACUGACAAGCAGGAGGUCGACAUGGACACUGAGGAACUGGAAUUCCUAGUGAGCACCUCCCGUGAACUGUUCCGGCCGCAAGGCUAA